AUGAAUGACGAACUGCUCAAACCCGAAUUCGUUCAGAGUGAUACAGAUCUUUUGAAUAUCAAACAAGGGCAAGUAGCUGGCAAUUUGCUUUAUUCUGAUCCAACACUCAACUUAGAUAGAAAUCCUAUAGAGCAUUCACAGCAACAUUUGAUUAGUGAUCACUCAAUUGAUAUUACACCACUUACAUCCCAAUAUAAUCUUGAUUGUUCUUCAUCUAUCAAUAUCAAUACCGGCAAAAGUGCCAUCGAGAUACGCGAUCAGCAUUAUGAGAAGCAAAAGAAGUAUGCGGCUGAAGGGAAAAAGAAAUCACGACAGGUCACCUCAAUUGAUUUUGAAGGAAUUCUUGAUGUUAUCGGAGGAUGUGAUCGGUGGCAAGUUCUAGUUUAUUUAUUCAUUUCUGCACAGCAGGUUCCUCAUGCCAUGUUCAAUUUGAGUGUUGUUUAUAUGAUGUAUCAACCAGAUCAUUGGUGUAAAAUUCCAUAUUUCAAUGAGGCUUCGUUUCGGAAUGAAUCAACUGUCGAUUACUCUUGGGAUCAGAUUCUCAAUUCGAGUGUUGCUUUUCCAAUGAAACCGAAUAAGCAAAGGAAAAGAGAUUGGCAUUCUCAAUGUGAUUAUUACGAUAGAGAUUAUAUUCAUCUGAAGACACAACCUUGGGCAAGUUUGCUUAACCUCUCUACAGAUGUUUCAACUUUGCCAUGUAGUCAAUGGGAAUAUGAUCAAUCUGUUAUGAAAAAGACAGUUGUGACUGAAUGGAAUAGAGUUUGUGAUAAUAACUGGAGCCGUGCUCAUGUUCAUCUAAGUUAUUCAUUAGGAUAUCUAUUCGGAUGUUUCUUGGGAGGAUUUGUUAGUGACAGAUAUGGAAGGAAAACUGCAAUUUUCGGGUUCAGCAUCCUUUCUGCCAUCUUUGGACUUAGCUUAGUAUACACACCUGAGUUCGAGAUGUUUCUUGUGAUUCGUUUCCUGCUCGCAGCUAGUAACGAAGCUGCUGAUUUGGCAGCUUAUGUACUCUGCAUGGAGAUAACUGGUGUGAAGUAUCGUUCGAUAGUUGGGUCACUUCUGCAGGCACCAUGGGCUCUAGGCUAUGCAUUAUUAGCUUUUGUGGCGUUCUUAACAAAGUCUUGGGACACUAUCCAGUUAAUAACUGUAAUUCUCCAUGUCAUGAGUGUUGUUCUUCUGUACUUUGUUCCCGAGUCACCACGUUGGUUGAUAAUGAAAGACAAGGUGACAGAAGCUGAACCUAUCAUACGGAAAGCUUGUAUACUCAACAAUCGAGCAUUGCCAAGCGAUCUGGGACUGGUACGCCAUGCUGAAAAACAGAAAAUUCUCAAGACGGGUGAACAACCAACAUUCUUCCAUCUGUUUCGAACAGCAGAACUUCGUUUCCGGUACAUAGUUCUACUUAUCGUUUGGAUAGCAACAGCUUUAGUCUACUACGGCUUGGUUAUUGCUUUAUCAGACCAAUCUUCUCCGGGCAGGUCUGUGUUCGAUGGAAACUUUUUUUUGAACAAUGCUAUUGCUGGCGCCAUUGAACUACCCACAUUGGUGUGCUGUGUCUUCCUCCUAAAUUAUGGAAGAAAAAAGUCCCAAAUGAUCACUUUGAUAGGAGCAGGAACGCUGUUGUUAGCUGCCAUGUGGGCAACAAUCAGAUCAAAAACAACAACAGCUCUCGUCUGUAUGCUUUUGGGCAAGGCCUUCAUACAAGGAGCCUUUAAUAUUUUGUACAUUUUUACUUCUGAACUCAGUCCAACUGUAGUUCGGAACACUGCUGUCGGCAUAUCAUCGAUGAUGGCUCGGAUGGGAGCAGGAGCUUCUGGAUAUAUAGCCAUCUUGAGUGACGUUACGCUAGCAACAGUUCCUAUGCUUAUAUUCGCAAUAUUUUCCUUAUGUGCUGGAGUACUUGUGUUGUUUUUGCCAGAAACACAGUAUUUGCCAUUACCAGAUACAAUCUCGGAUGCUGUGAUGAUGCGAACAAGAGGCAAAUCUCCAUGUGAUCAUAAAGCUAGUACAUUCGAAACAGAGUCUUUACAUGAUGACGACACAUAUCGGAAGGCCACUUCAGAUGUUGAACAGAAUUAG